AUGAACAGUUACAUUACGGAGAGGUUUUCCCCAUUUUUCAUACCUUCUCUCAUAUUCUUUUGUCGCCUGACUAGUUAUAGCUUUGCUACCACACUUGAAAUGAAAAGGGAUGAAUCUGCUCUUCUUACUUUCAAAGCCUUCAUCACUUCAGAUCCUCACAAUAUGCUAAAGCUAAAUUGGAGCACUCGAACCUCAGUUUGCUCAUGGAUUGGAGUCACUUGUGAUUCCCAUGGCACUAGAGUGACUCGUUCAAAAAUCCCAAAUAUGGAACUCGUAGGCAGCAUCCCACCAGAAAUUGGGAAUCUUGAUUCUCUGGUUUCUCUAGAUAUAAGUGGAAACCAUCUUCAUGGUCCUAUUGCUGCAUCUGUCUUCAAUAUGUCGGUAAUCGAUUCUAUUAUAUUAUCCAAUACUAACUCAUCAGGUCGCCUUCCCGAAGACAUUUGCAGGCACAACAGACUUCAAAGACUCAAAAUUCUUGAUUUAAGCUUGAACAACUUGGAGGGAGAUAUACCGUUGAGCUUGGCCGAAUGCCCACAACUUGAGACAGUUGAGUUUUCGGGCAACAGCUUAAGUGGACAUGUGCCCAGAGAGAUUGGGAACAUGACACGGCUUAAAUAG